AUGCCACCUGGCGCACCAAAUGAUUGUGAAAAUGCCCCUUCGAUGGGAAGACAAAGCAGUGUUAAAAUGCCUGUUGGUUCUUCCAUUGCUCUCCUGCAGGAGAGAUUUAAACAGCUGCAAAGAGUGAGGGAGCAGAGAGAGGAGAGAGAGCUGCGAAAAUUCUUCCCCGAGCCCAAACGGAUCGCCCCAGUCCAGCAGUCUGAGCCUGCCAAGUUGCUGUUCCGCUUCCGCCAUGAAACAAUCUUUCCAGCUAGUUCAACUCUUCAGAAUUCAGUCUCCCUUGGACUCAACCCAUGUAACCAGCAUGCAGAGUUUCGAGCCGUGAAAGCCUCACCCUCGAGAAAUUUAAGGUCCAUUGAUAAAGAAAUCGUGAGCACAACACGUAGUUCUGAUAAUUCGGACGUCGAUACCUCUCUUCACCUGUAA